AUGCAGGAGCCAGAAGUAGUACGACGCGGGCUGCCGGAUGCGAUCGUCUUAGCCCUGCCAUACUUAGUGGGCGCGAUAUCCCUCAGGUUCGAGCGCGAUGGCUUCAUCCACGUCACGCCGCGCCACCUGAAGAUCCUCUUCGAGUGGGAACGCGAGGUGGCGAGGUGCACGAAGGAGGAGGGUGAGAAGUUCUUGACGCGGUUCGAUCACCUGUCUGCGGCGGGGGGGGCGGCGGGGGGGGCGGAAGUAAAGCAGGCGUGGGAAGCGUGGGAAGCAGGUCUGUGGGAAGCCGAGAAGCGCGGAGACGGGAAGAUGACCGCGGCACGCGAGUCGUUUCCAUCGAUCGAUCACGGUCGCGUCGUCGCCGCGUGCUGGGCGGAGUACGCCAAGACGCUGCGCGAGGCCGCGAUGCGCGGCGACGCGAAGCAGCUGCUGACGUACGACGCGAACGAGACCUUGGGCGACGCGUAUCCGGGUUUCCACACCAGAGUCGGCGGGAGAGUCGAUCUCGACGUGACCUCCGCGUUGAAAACCGUGUUGCCGUUCGGACCGGAGGACGCGCCGUGGGUGCCUCUCGUGAAGCACCUCCUCGGCGUGGACAAAGUCAGGAGCAUCAAGAGCGUCGACGGGCGGUACGGGUUCGGUUGCGUGGUGAGCGCGCCCGGGGAUCUCGACCAAAACUGGCACCAAGACGGAGACACGACGCGCGAUCCGAACGCGCAGACGAACACCGUCAUAGUGUUCACGCAAUCGCUUCCGGUGCUCGACGACAUGGGCAAGCUGCAGGUGAUACCAGGUUCGCACCGAGUGCGAAACGUCCCAGGACACGAGCUCCCGCCGGAGUUGGAAGCGAAGACGGAAAACCUGCGGGAGUGGCCGUCGAUGCGCACGAGCUUCUCACCGAGUGUCUCCCCCGACGACGGAGAGCCCGGCGACGUUCUGGUGAUGGAUUACAGGCGCGUUCUAUACACUGGUCCCCAUACGACCGCGUCGGCGUGGUGA